UCACUCACAAUCACAAUAUUUUUGAACUCAAAAAUCAAAACAUUUUGUUAUUUAGUCUCCUAUUUUGUAUAAUUUUUAAGAGAAAAAUAUUACUUAUGUGAACGUAACAGAAAACACAAUUAUGAUGUCGGGUGCUAAGCUGGACGUAAUUUGGUCCCCUGUACACCAUAACAAAUUUAUAAUAUGGGGUUCGGACAUAACCCUAUAUGAAGUUUCUCGUCUCAAAGAUAUUGAUAAAAAAACAACAUUUUCCCAUAUCUCACCGAGUCGUGGAGCGACAAUAAUUGCGUCACAGAGCGCUAGUACCGUCCGCUGUGUUGAUAUAAGUGCGAUCACCGAGCAGCCGGAACCACUGGUGGCCCUCGGUCACAACAAUGGCCGCGUCACUCUCACUACACUCAAGCAAGCGUAUGAUCCACUGGGGCUCGUUGGUAGAGAGUUUGCGCCAAGGUACCCUCGUCUGUGCAACUCUGUGUCCUGGAGUCACGUGGAGACCAACAUGCUGGCAGUGGCUUUGGAGAAGUAUCGUAACGACCACUGUAUUCUACUGUGGGACGUCAACCGCACUCCGCCACCACAGACCGAUAAAGGUACUGAGAGUGCAGCAACGCCAGCUACCGAGUCAGUGAGGCCUAUAGCAGAGAUGGGUCUGUCAGAAACAGCUCACAGUGUGUCAUGGACCAACAGCUCCAACCGCACACUGCUCGCCAGCAUGAACCUCAAGUUCAUCAAGAUAUUUGAUUUAAGAGACCUGUCGAACAAGGCUGUGAGCGUGGCGACGACCCGGUACUGCUACGGCGCGGUGGCCGACCCCCACGGGGGCUGGCAGGUGGCGUCGCGCGGCGAGCACUGUGUGUGUGUGUGGGACGCGCGCUCGCUGGCCCGCCCCCUGCUCACGCUGCCGCAGCCCCGCCCCGUCACCAAGAUACAGUGGUGCCCCACCAGACGAAAUCUUCUCUUGUCCCUGCAACGUGACUCGAGCACACUGCGGCUCCACGACAUACAGCAGGCAAACAGCGACUGCAAGACCGCAAGUAUAGUUGACAACGAGGCAAUAGCGGCGACAGCUGUGGAGGCAGAGUGGGAGGAGUACCCACGGGGGCCGAGCGUCAUCGAGCGUGACGUCACGCCGAUGCCCAGCCCCACGCCCCCCGCUACUUCCGCCCCCUCUGCCGCCGCCCCCACCGCCCCCGCAGCCCCCGCGGCCCCCACGCAGCAGCUGGCCACCUUCAGCUGGCACCCCACUCAUGAGGCGAGGUUGCUCGCCGUCGGCGUUACAGGCGCGGCGGUGGACUACACGGUGUGCGAGCGCGUGACUGUGGCGUGGGGCGCGGGCGGCGCGGGGGGCGCGGGGGGCGGCCUUGUGUGGUCCGCGGGGGGGUCCGCCCUGCGCCUCAUGGCCGACGACUUCUACGAGGCGCUGCGGGACGUCUCGUACGUGAUGCGGCGCCGCGCCCACACCGACUACGGCCUCAAGCCGGACCUGUGGCAGAACGCGGACCUGGCCGACGACGAGGCGCUCGCCGGCCUGUGGCACUUCUUGGCGCUGAGCAAGUCGCUCGUCGAGGACGGGUGCAUCCGGAACAGCCCGUGGAAGCACCCGGGCGUGCGCACGGUGUUCCGCGGCGGCGGCGGCGGCGGCGGCGGCGGCGAGAGCGGCUACCGGUCGGAGAUGGUGCCGUCGCUGCUGGCCGACCUGCCGGCGCGGCGCGUGACGGUGUUCCGGUCGGCGGAGCGCACGCGCGCGCUGCAGCUGUGCGGCUGGGGCUGGGGCUGGGAGAACGCGGCGGCGGGCGUGGAGCGCGCGGAGGCGGCCGGCACGCCGUGCCGCGCGGCGGCGCUGGCCGCGUUCCACCUGCGGCUGCGCGCGGCGCUGGACGUGCUGGCGCGCGCGCGCGAGCCGCAGCUGCGCGUGGUGGCGCUGGCGCUGGCCGGCCUCAGCGAGGAGCGGCUGUGGCGCGAGGCGCUGGCCGCCGCCGCGCCCGCGCUGCCCGACGCCUACCUGCGCGCGCUGCUGCACUUCCUGGCCGCCUCCGCCCCCGCACACCCCGCGCAGGCCGCCGCGCCCCACCCCGACCUCAGCGCCGUGCUCAACGAAACUGAAAUGCGCUUAGAAGACCGCGUGGCGUUCGCAUGCAUUUUCUUGUCAGACGCGAAGCUGCACGAGUACUUGAAGCAGACGUGCGACGCGCUCGUCGAACAGGGCGAUCUCUCCGGCAUACUGCUCACAGGUGCGAGUCCGGAGGGCAUCGCGCUGCUGCAGCGGUGGGUGGAGAGCUCGGGGGACGUGCAGUCGGCGGCGCUGGUGGCCGCGCGCUGCUUCACCGCAGACAUGAUGCGCGACCACCGCGUGCAGCACUGGCUCGACAGCUACCGGUGCGUGCUGGACGGGUGGCAGCUGUGGUGGGCGCGGUGCGCGGUGGACACGUGGGCGGGCGGGGGUGCGGGCGGUGCGGGUGGUGCGGGGGGCGCGCGGCUGGCGUGCGUGGCCUGCUCGUACUGCGGCAAGGCGGUGGCGGCGGCGGGCGCGGUGGUGGGCGGGCGGGCGCGGCCGGCGCGCCUGCCGCCGCCCGCCGCCAAGAUGAAGCAGCUGUCGGCCUGCCCGCACUGCCGCAAGCCGCUCCCGCGCUGCGCCGUGUGCGCGCUGCACCUGGGCGCGGCCGCGGGGGCUCCGUUCGCGGGCUGGUUCAGCUGGUGCGUGGCCUGCAGGCACGCCGGACACGCCGCGCAUCUGCUCCACUGGUUCAAGGAACACUCUGAGUGUCCGGUCAGUUCGUGCAACUGUCGCUGCAGCACCCUGGACCCGCCCGACCGGUUCUAGUCAAACACACAAACAAACAUGUACGCACGAAAUAUUCACGCACGCAUAUGUACGUACGUAAAUGUUAUAAAGCUCCGCACAAGUUUGUACAAGAUAAUACUAUACAAUGUCAACUAGAAUAAAUAUAUGACGAAACGUAUAUACAUAUUAUAUAUAUUUUUAUAACAUAGAAAUAGAAAUAAUCUUUAUUCAAAUAAACUCAUUACAAGCACUUUUGAAUAGUCAUAUUUUGAUUCUACCACUCAUUCGGAAUGCAGAUUCAUCACAAGAAGAAUGAGCAAGAAACUUGUGUGUUGCUCUUUUGAAUAUAUGUUUUUUUUUAUAUAGGUAAUAAUUAUAGUAUAACAAGUAACAGGCAUGCGAUGAUCAACAUAGAAAUCGCUACGCACCAUUAGUGUAAUAAGAUAAUAUUGUUAGUGCUAUAGAAUUUAAGUUUUUCUAUAAAAACAUUAUUGUCGAAAACGAAUUCUUCAAUUUUAUACUAAGCUUUUUUGCAAAGAAAGUAUUUUAUAUGACAUUUAAAUCUUUUUUCUGGCAGAUUUAUAACAGACUCUGGUAUUUUGUUGUAAAACAUUACGCAAUUGCCAUAAAACGAAUUACUAACUUUAGCCAAACGACAUUUAGGUAAAAUCAGUUUGUUAUUGUUACAUAAGCUUUUAUAAGUGCAAUCACUAACUGUUUUGAAAUUGUCUAUAUUCUUCCUGGCAUAGAUGAUAUUUUCAUAAAUGUAUUGAGAAGCAACGGUGAGGAUAUUUGAUUCCUUAAAACACUCUCGUAAAAACUCCCUGGAACCCAUACCAUAAAUGGAGUUAUAAUGAAGAAGGUUGAAGAAAAUAGCAACUAUAUAAGUCAAAAUAAUUUGGUUAGGUUAUCAGGUUGCAUCUGGUUUUAGAUAGCUUUGAAAGUAAUGGAUAAGGAAUAUGUAUUUAUCAAGAAUGAAAUUAUCUGCCUCUAAUAUGGUUGAGUGCAA